ACGUCAAGCGUGCCAACUGUCGUGAAAGCACAUUGACGCAGAAAGAAGCCAGAAGGACGCUAAUAAGUCAGUCUUAUUAUUUGUUCUCCAGUUUGUAAAAAUGUAUGUCGUAUAAAAUACAUCUUUGAGUCUUUAAUUCAGGAAAAAACUCGUCUCGGUGAGCGACAACCUUAUCGUGCUAGCAAGUUUAGGUAGCUUAGCUUGUUAGCUGCUAACAAAGAGACGCGGAUGUUAUAAACACAUCGCUAAGUAGACAUCAAAUGUGAGUGUAAAGUGUUGAGAUUGUGUGAACAUGUGAGUGUAAAGUGUUGUGAUUGUGUGAACAUGUGAGUGUAAAGUGUUGUGAUUGUGUGAACAUGUGAGUGUAAAGUGUUGUGAUUGUGUGAACAUGUGAGUGUAAAGUGUUGUGAUUGUGUGAACAUGUGAGUGUAAAGUGUUGUGAUUGUGUGAACAUGUGAGUGUAAACUGUUGUGAUUGUGUGAACAUGUGAGUGUAAGUGUUGUGAUUGUGUGAACAUGUGAGUGUAAAGUGUUGUGAUUGUGUGAACAUGUGAGUGUAAAGUGUUGUGAUUGUGUGAACAUGUGCAAAAGAACGAUAGCAGAUUACCAGGCGGAGUUUUCUAGAACGAAAGAGAACAAUCAACUACUGGACGCUGUUUUCAAGAAACAUCAAGUUGUGUUACACACAACAGACGUCCAGCAGACCCCUCACAUUAAAGAGGAAGAGGAGGAUCCGCAGCCCACCCACAUGAAAGAGGAAGAGGAGGAUCCACACAUUAAAGAGGAAGAGGAGGAUCCACAGCCACCCCACAUGAAAGAGGAAGAGGAGGACCUACACAUGAAAGAGGAAGAGGAGGAUCCACACAUGAAAGAGGAAUAGGAGGCAGAGUGUGUUGUAGGGCAGGAGGAGGAUGAUGUCCGCAAGUUUCCACUGACUGUUGUCUCUGUGAAGACUGAAGAGCAUGGGGGGGGCGUUGGCCUCCUGGCCGUAGUUCCUGGUUGUCGGCCGCAUGGACUGGGUGGGGGGUGUCCGGGCCCUCUACUCCUCCUACUUAUAGCACACACAGUCACACAUAUAUAAGACUUUGUUGGAUUGUCCUGCAGGGAGGCAUGGCGGGGGGAUGAGGAUGCCUCCUAUGGGGCUCCAAUCCUCCUGUCUUGUCCCCUGCUCGUCCAUCCCUCAAUCUU